AGUCGCACUUUGCUAAGCAAAGACAAGUCAGUCUCACACUGAGUUGAAGUUUCUUUCUCUCUCUAACUAUUAUAGUCUAUCGUGGUCUCUCUCUCUUCUUUCUGGCUCUGAAUCCCCAAAACUACACAUGCUCUCUGCCUCUGCUCCAUACCAUAAAGAUUAAAGACUCUUACAACCACCACGAGAAUCCCUAUACAAACUUUACUCCAUUGCCUUCAAACACAAGAAUUUAUAUAAAUAUAUUAUAUUUAUAUCAAAUCUCUCAGCUCUAGUCAUUGAAGAUUCCAAUUUUCCAAGUUCAUUGGAUCUGGUUGAGCUGAGUUUUGAAGCUAAACAUUCCAUUUGCAUGGAGUAUUUUAUUUUAUUUUUAAUUAGAUUUUAGGUUAGUUUUUUUUCUGGUUCAUGAAGCUAAAUGAAGCGGAAGGUAGCUCAGUCGAAAUCAAAUUACAAAUGGAAGAGGAAGCUUUUGGUUGUGAUAUUGCUAGGUUUUUGUUUUGGAAGCUUGUUUUUGAUGCAGAAGCAGUACAGUCGGGUUAUGACUCUGGCUUCUUUGAGCGUUCAAAAGCCGAAGAUCGCUUUCUUGUUCAUUGCUCGAAAUCGGCUUCCUUUGGAUAUGGUUUGGGAAGCUUUCUUUCAGGGAGGGGAGAACAGAUUUUCAGUAUAUGUUCACUCUAGGCCUGGUUUUCUGUUCAACAAGGCGACCACUAGAUCGGCAUAUUUUCUGAAUCGUCAAGUUAAUGAUAGUAUACAGGUAGAUUGGGGAGAAGCAAGUAUGAUCGAGGCAGAGCGUAUAUUACUUAAACAUGCACUUAAAGAUACUGAUAAUAAACGGUUUGCUUUUCUUUCGGACAGCUGCAUCCCCCUUCACAACUUCAGCUAUAUAUAUGAUUAUAUCAUGUCAACAUCAACCAGUUUUGUUGACAGUUUUGCUGAUACAAAGGAGGGUCGCUACAAUCCCAGAAUGGAUCCUGUUAUUCCUGUUUAUAACUGGAGGAAGGGAUCUCAGUGGGUUGUUUUGACCCGGAAACAUGCAGAGGUUGUGGUGAAAGAUGAUGUUGUCUUCCCUAUAUUUCAAUUGCAUUGCAAGAGGAAGUCACUACCUGAAUUUUGGCGGGAUCAGCCCUUUCCAGCUGAUGGAUCCAAGGAACAUAAUUGUAUACCUGAUGAACAUUAUGUUCAGACAUUACUAGCUCAAGAAGGCCUUGAAGCUGAAAUAUCGCGAAGAUCACUGACACAUUCAUCAUGGGAUCUAUCAUCCUCUAAGGACCGUGAACGCCGGGGAUGGCACCCUGUUACUUACAAGUAUUCAGAUGCUACUCCUGUGCUUAUACAAUCAAUAAAGGAGAUAGAUAACAUCUAUUACGAGACAGAAUACCGAAGAGAAUGGUGUGCUAGCAGAGGAAAUCCAGCUCCUUGCUUUCUUUUUGCCCGAAAAUUUACACGACCCGCUGCUCUGAGGCUCAUCAAUACAUCGGCUCUGGAGCUCUAAAUGAAGCGACAAGUAUAUCCUAACCAUGGAAAGUUGAUUUGUUAGCUUAAAAUCUCUAUUCUUUGAAAUAAAGUCAUGUGAAAUAAGAAGAGCCCUAUGUCUUUAGAGUUAAGGGGUUGGUUGGUAGAUGUUAAUCAUCGUGUAUAGUUGCCUUUUUUUCCCCCGUGAAAUAUAGAAUAAAAGUUUUUCUUUUA